GGACGGUUGACCUGCUAGGGUAAGGUGGACUUGGAAGUUGUACGGACUACGCGAUCAUUUUCUGGUGGCCGUUGGAUUUUCAAUUCAAUGAAAGAGCAAAACGCCGACGAGACGAACAAUGUUGUUGGAAACACAGCGGAAAAUAACAAUCUCACAGUCCAAUCUGUUCCUUGUCCUUCUUCGGAGUCGACCCAACAACAACAAUAUUCAGAAGAAGAAGAAGAAUUGCGGAAGCUUCUAGUUCCAGAUGUACAAAGUCUUCCUCUCGCUCCUCCUUGUGCUGUUGAAUCCAACUUCGCUGUCUACUUUUAUCCAGAUUUCAUGAAACCAGGACAUGAUCAGUAUGUUUAUCGCCACGUCAAUGGCUUGUGCGUGAUCGGCUUGGCACCUACCCACCUGGCUUUUAGAGAUAAAGGAGGAGUUACGGCUGUUGAUUUUAAUGUUGGAAAGUCUGAUCGUAGUGGGAUUAAAGUCACGGGCAAGCGCAAGAAGAAUGCGCAACAUUUUGAGUCCAACACGGCUUUGUGUAAAGUUUGCACCAACGAUGCUUCUUAUAUUGCAAGGUGCUGUGUGAAAGGCUCUCUCUUAGAAGUGAAUGAUAGGUUAAUCAAGCAACCAGAAUUACUUAAUUCAUCGGCAGAUAGGGAAGGAUACAUAGCAAUUAUUAUGCCAAAACCAGCAGAUUGGCUUAAGGUCAAGCCAUUGUUAUUUGGCUUUGAAGACUACAAGAAAUUGAAACAAGUUUGAUGACUCAUGGAAAUACUUGCACUAGAACUCCAAUUUUAAUGCGAGCCCUGGGUCCCACCCCUUUGUGUCUCUCUAUUCGGCUGGGGCCGGAUCGGCCUAAAAGAAAUUUUCUUUCAAAUGCUUUUAAUUGCAAUGUGGUUAGUUGCUCGUCUUGUGGUUAUUGUUAAAUUUUGCUCCCUCAAUUCUUCAUUUGACUGGCACAAAGAAGAGAUUGUAGGAAGUCUCCAACAAUUUUUAGAUCAAGUUCUAUACAACAAUUUGUUUGCGUGUACAUUUGACUCACUAAAAAUUAGAAUGCUUUAAACUUGUGCAAGCCAAUCCUAUGAAUUACUUUCUUCUUCAA